AUGAACCCUGCAUCAGCACAAAAUGGACGGGGGAGCAGCCGGCCGGCUCCCUCGCACGGCUCUUGGGACCGCAAUGCGCCUCCUCGGGAUACACAUCGGGGUGCGGGAUACGGGGACUAUCCUGUACAAAACAAUCCUCAGCAGACGCGGUACGACCCUACGACGAAUAUGAACUCGAGUUUUGGGUAUCAGAUCCCACAGGCCUAUCAAUCUGGGGGCCAUGCUCCUGCCAUGCAACAGUAUGGUCAACCGCAAAUGCCCUCAGAACAAGGCCAACAACAAUUUGGGACUUUUAUUAAUUUGCCACAGGACCAAAUGGCUAUGGAUCAGGCUUUCGUCCAAAUGGCACAGGCUAUGCCCUGGAUGUGUCCACCCUUUGAUAGCGGGGUGCCAUUUCCACCCCCAUUUCCGCUCUUCCCUCUCGAUAUGAAUACCCCACCACCCUUCCAGAACACCCGACCCAUGAGUACAAUGACCGGCAACGCAGGGAAACGGUUCACACCUGAUCAUCAAAGACAACGUUCGCCAACACCGCCAGUCAAAGUCCCGCUUCCGACACUGCAAUACACAAAUCAAGCAUCACUGAAGCCAGAGAAGACCGAAAAGCGACCACUUCUCGUCAUCCUUGAUCUCAAUGGCACCCUCAUCUACCGCAAGCUACGCAAAUUCCCACCGAGAUUUGCCAGGCGCACCGGUUUAGAUCACUUCCUAGCCACGCUGAUUAAAGACUACAAAGUCAUGAUUUGGUCCAGCUCCCAACCCCCGACUGUAAACGCAGUCUGCGAGCAGAUCUUCCCAGGCCCCAUGCAUGAUGCUCUCGUUGCCCUCUGGGGACGCGACAAAUUCGGCCUCACCGCCGGCCAAUACAACAAAAAGCUCCAGGUCUAUAAAGAGCUACACAAAGUCUGGGCUGAAGCAAAUAUCCAAGCCGCAUUUCCGGGCAAUGAGCAUCUAAAAGAUCCCCCAGCCUCAUCAUCAACCAAUGAACCGCCACAUAAGAACCGCAGUCAAAAGCUCCGCCAGGCUGAGGCUGCAAAGCUCCCCGCGGGCCACCGCUGGGAUCAAACGAACACCAUUCUCAUUGACGACAGCAAGCUCAAGGCUUCCAGCGAGCCGUUCAAUAUCCUCGAGAUUCCGGAGUUCAACGACGACCCCACUAUCGAUGAGACUAAACUCUUCACUAAGGUUCUCAACCGCCUCGAUUAUCUUGCCCACCACGACGACGUGAGCAAGGUCCUAUACGCCUGGAAUGAGCGCGUAGACAAGGGCGAGGGUACUAUUCUCGAAUUGGAUAUUGGGCUCCACGAGGAUUCUGUCGACAAUGAGGAGGGUGGCAUGAGUCUCCUCCCAAAGCAGCCGAAUGCCCACUCUAAUGGCCAUCCCAUGGCGGUCGGUGGCGCGGGGGCUAUUCCUGCUCCUACAAAUGCCAAGCCAAAGGCCAAGAAGAAUAAGAAGGCUAAGGCCAGAGAAAAAGCGAACGCCGCCAAUAAUACAACUACGGCCCCAAACACCGCGGAUAUAAACCCCACAACCGCCAAUACUGCAGCCACCAAUCCGCCGGCAAAAAAGAACCCGAAGGCCCCCAAAACCGAAGAACAAAAAGCCGAAAUCAAACUGUCCCGCAAAGCGCGUAAAAGAGCCAAACAAGCAGCCCUGCUAGAAGAAGCUCGCGCCGCAAAGGCCACCGCCGAAGCCCAAUACCUAAAAACCCAUGGCGUGCCCAUGCCAAGCCACGACGAUGUAACAAGCAAUCAAGUCGUCGCUAGUAUCGAGUUAGGCUUAGACGGUAACAAGGACGAGCUAGAUGGAAACGGCCACCGUAACGCUCCAGCCGGCAAAGGCCCGAAACCCAAGAAUCGCGGACGGAAGGCUGCCAGCAAAAGGGCCAAGUUGCAAGCUGGUCCCCCCAAUCCUCCUAAAUCUAAGACUACCAGUCCGGUAGAGCCUAGAUACAACUUCCGAAAAAGGAUUUUGCAUCCUCCUGGCCCUGAUGAUGAACAGACUUCUGGAGAUGCGCCUGUUUCUACCUCUGCUUCUAUCUCUGGCUCUGCCUCUGGUUCCCGGGGAGCCUUCAAAUCCGCCUCUGCUGCAGCUCACGCCGUUAACGCCGCAAAAAUCGUGACAAGCGGAUCAUCACCCGAGUCCGAGUACCUCCCUCCAGAUGUGGAUAUUACUGAGGGUAUGGAACUGGAUUUGGCUGAGUAUGUUCCGCCAGAUGUGGUGACUGCAGCGGGAACCAAGCAUAAACGGUCCCUGUCACCGGCUUCGUCGGUUGAUUCGACUAACUCCCUGCUUGAUCGUCUUGAAGAGGGACUUGGGAUUAUCAAGCGUUGA